AUGGCAACAACCAAUGGAAAGAACAGUAGAUUAGCGAUUGAGAUGGAGUCUAUGUCAAGAGAUCCGCCUCCUGGAUGCAGUGCAAGCCCGAUAAGCCCCAACGAGCUGGACAAGUGGAUUGCGGUGAUUACGGGGCCGCCGGGCUCGGUUUACGAGGAUGGGAUAUUCGAGCUCUUGAUUGUCUUUCCCCCGUUCUACCCGUUCAGCCCCCCAAAGGUGACUUUCAAGACGCGAAUAUUCCACUGCAACAUAUUUGAAAAGAACAUCUGCCUGGACAUCCUGAAGGACCAGUGGAGUCCUGCCCUGACUAUAGAUAAGAUCCUCUUGUCCAUAAUUUCUCUGCUCCAAGAUCCGAAUCCCGACGACCCCCUGAACAAGGAGGCUGCAGACCUGUACCGCAACAACAGGGCAGAGUAUAACAGAAAGGCCAAGGAGUGGGUUCGCCUUCAUGCUUCCAAGCACAAGUCUGAGGAGUAG